AUGGAAACCACAGGCUUCACCUCAACCCAACUCGAAGUCCGAGAAGCCAUCUCAGCCCUCUGCACCCAAUUCCCUGACAGCUACUGGCGGCACCACGAUGAAACCUCCACAGACCCCUCCUCCUUCCACGCCGCCCUCGCCAAAGACGGCUGGCUCGGCAUCGCCCUACCAGAAAAGUACGGUGGCUCAGGCCUAGGAAUCUCAGAAGCAACAAUGAUGCUCCAAACCAUUUCCGAAUCCGGCGCUGGCAUCGCGGGCGCGCAAGCCAUUCACGCAAACGUCUACGCCACCCAACCGCUAGCAAAAUACGGCAACGAGAAGCAACUCUCCGACACGCUCCCCCGCAUCAUCAACGGCGAACACCGCACCUGCUUCGGCGUCACAGAACCCAACUCGGGCCUCGAUACCCUCAGCCUGCAGACAACCGCUCAGAAAACGCCAGACGGCAAAUCCUACAUCAUCAACGGCCAGAAAAUCUGGAUCACAUGCGCCCAAGUCGCCUCGCGCAUGAUUCUCCUCGCCCGCACCUCCACCACCCAGAAAAAACGCAAUGAAGCCCUCAGCCUCUUCUGCAUCCCGCUCGACCGCCGCAGCCCAGACUCCGGGUUGAGCAUGCAGCGCAUCAAGAAAAUGGGCGGGCGAGCCGUCGACGCGAAUGAAGUCUUCUUCGCCAACUACCGCGUUGACGCCGACACCCUCGUUGGCGCCGAGGGCCAAGGCUUCCGCAUCAUCCUGUCCGGAAUGAAUGCUGAACGCUGUCUACUCGCUGGUGAAGCGCUCGGCUUGGGCUAUGCCGCGCUGGCACGCGCAAGUGGGUACGCCCGGGACCGUCGAGUUUUCGGGCGUCCGAUUGGCAUGAAUCAGGGCGUUGCGCAUCCCCUGGCUGAUGCGUAUAUGCGGUUGGAAGCGGCCAAGUUGGCGACGUAUCAUGCGGCCAGGCUGUACGAUGCGAGUUUAACUGACGACUCGAUACGCGCGGAUGCAGUCGGGGUCGCGGCGAAUAGUGCAAAGUAUCUUGCUGCGGAGGCGGCGUUUAAUGCGUGUGAGAGGGCGGUGCUGGUGCAUGGCGGCAUGGGGUAUGCGCAGGAGUAUGAUGUGGAGAGGUAUUUGAGGGAGUGCUUUGUGCCGAGGAUUGCGCCGGUGAGUAGGGAAAUGGUGUUGAAUUAUAUUGGGGAGAAGGUGCUUGGGCUGCAGAGGAGUUAUUGA